AUGUUGGAGGAUGUCCCAGUGCACGGAAGUCGGAGCAAUCUUAGGAGCCCAAAGGUCGCGACGCAUCAGCGAAACCUUAGCUUGGAUUUCAGACAUGUGACGGGCUCGAGCGGGCCCCCGGCGGGAUGCGGCCACCAGAGGAACCGUUCCCUGGACUCUGUUCUCCAGAGGAUACCGGAGGAUAUGACGCCGACCUCGCCCGAUGGUGCGCCGCUUCGUACGCCUGUUGAACCGUCCGCGCCAAGACUCGCCUUGCCACCAGAAGUCCCAGCAGGUUCCGAUGACUCGGGCAUUCACACUCCACCCGAUUUCAAUGACGAAGAGAGACCCCAACCUCGGGCUGCCGCCCGAUCGCGGGAAAGUCUUGACUCAGGCAAUCCAGAGGAGACGGAAAAGCCACCUGAUCCGCCCGAUACGAUAGGACCGCCCAUCACAACCGAUGAAUCGUCCGCCGAAUCUUCCAAACAUAAAGACUUCUUACUAAGACUCUUCGAGAGCAACCUGUUUGAUAUGAGUAUGGCAAUCUCAUAUCUUUUUACCUCUAAAGAAUCGGGCGUGCAGACCUACCUGGCCAACAAACUGUUCUCGUUCCCACACGAGGACGUGGACUUCUAUCUGCCACAACUUGCGACGAUGUAUAUAGAGAUGGGUGACGUCGCAGACCUUCUUCGGCCGUAUCUAGUUUAUAGGUGCAAACAGAGCGCUGAGUUUUCUUUACGCCUCGUGUGGUUGUUGACGGCCUUUGGAGGUGAGUCAAGGAGAUCUAAAGCGAUUAAGUUAAGAGAUUCGAUUCUUGCUGAAGAGAUAAGACCAGCGGCGAGGAGAGGUCACCACAGAUCGCAGUCUGACGCGUCUGCCUUGAGGAUUGCAACGCCAUCUGGAAGGCAUUUAGGUGACUUGGCGUCGGGAAGGGCUUUCGAUAACGGCUGCCUCUGUGGGGACCAGUGCUCCUGCGGGGCGCCUAGAUUAGCACCACAAAUACAGUUUCUCACGGCCCUUACGAACAUCGGUCGGCGUCUGGCCAGCGUCGCGGACAAAGAGCGAAGGAACGGUAGACUUCGAGCCGAGUUGGCGACACUGGAUUUGAACCUGCCAGCACGAGUUUGGCUUCCACUGCACAAACGACCACACUACGUGCUACGGAUACCACCGCACGCUGCCGCCGUGCUAAAUAGCAAGGACAAGGCGCCGUACAUAAUUGCGCUGGACGACGUGGAUGCCGGAGACUGCUGGAGUCACGAUGAUGACGAUCUCGGCGCCCACUAUCCAACGAGAGCGCCGGCGCCUGACAGUCUAUCUCAGAUGUCGGGCUUGUCUGUGGCGUCGGUGCAGUCGGGUCACUCGGCGUCGUCGUGCGGGUCGCGCGAGUCGCUGGCGGUGGGCGCGGGCGAGGUGCGGCGGCGGCUGGCCGACGCGACGGCCGCGCGCCCGCCCAACGCCUUCCGCCACGACCCCGCCGACCCCUCUGCGCUCGCGCUCAAGGAGUCGUGGGAGAGCAAACUGGCGCGCAUGCGCGGCGCGUCGCCGUACGGCGCGCUGGGCGGCUGGCGGCUGCUGGGCUGCAUCGUGAAGGUGGGCGAUGACCUGCGCCAGGAGCUGCUGGCCGCGCAGCUGCUGCGCCGUCUGCGCGCCGCCUGGGACGCCGAGCGCGUGCCGCUCAAGCUGCACCCCUACGAGAUCCUCUGCCUCGACCGCGAGUGCGGUCUCAUACAGCCCGUGCUGAAUUCUGUGUCGUUACACCAAAUCAAGAAGCAAUCGGGCAAGUCACUUCGCGCGUGGCUGGAGCUGGAGCACGGGCCGCCCACUAGCGAAGGCUUCCUGCGCGCGCAGCACAACUUCGUGGAGUCCGCUGCCGCCUACGCGCUAACUAGCUACCUGCUACAGCUCAAGGACAGACAUAAUGGAAACAUUUUACUGGACAGCGCAGGCCACAUCAUUCACAUUGACUUUGGAUUCAUUUUCUCGACGUCUCCGAAGAAUCUAGGUUUUGAAAGUUCACCUUUCAAGCUGACUCAAGAGUUUGUAGAAGUGAUGGACGGCGAGGAGUCAGAUAUGUUCCAGUACUUCAAAAUUCUAAUACUUCGCGGUCUCAUCGCAGCUCGAAAACAUUCUGACCAGAUUAUACAUCUCGUCGAAAUUAUGCGCAUGGGCGGGCAGCUGGCGUGCCUGCGCAGUAGCGGCGCGGUGUCCGCGUUCCGCGCGCGCUUCCACCCGGGCCGCACCGAGUUGCAGCUCACGGCGCUCGUGGACCGCCUGGUGCGCGACGCGCUGCGCUCGCUCUCCACGCGCCUCUACGACAACUACCAGUACUACACCAACGGCAUACUCUAG